UGUGCCUUGCUGGUGCAUCGUUUUGAAGGAGUGCUUCUCAGGGCCUGUCGCCCAAUCACGAUUCCCACCAUGGAGACUCCCUCAUCCGGUACUGCAACACCAGUCGACGUGGAAAAUGGCGUCGACGGAAUUCGAAAGAGACUCACCAUCACUUUUCGUGACUUGAAUGUCCGCGUGACAGCACCGGAUGCUGCUCUUGGAAGCACUUUGCUCUCGAAUGUUGACCCUCGCCAGCUGGCAGGAUUGUUCAAACGAGAUCAGCGUCCUAAAAGAACAAUUUUGAAGGAUAUUUCUGGUCAAGUCAAGCCUGGAGAAAUGCUUCUUGUUCUUGGUCGCCCAGGAUCUGGAUGUACCUCACUGCUGAGAGUUCUUUCAAAUGACCGAGAUACCUUUGAUGAAGUUAGCGGCGAGACUCUAUACGGAAGCAUGGACCACAAAGCCGCAAAGCAGUUUCGUCAACAGAUUAUGUUCAACAACGAGGAUGAUUUGCAUUUCCCGACGCUUACCGUGAAUCGAACAAUGAAAUUCGCAUUGCGUAACAAGAUCCCCAAUGAGCGACCUGACGAGCUCCGUGAUCGGAAAGACUUUGUCUUGGAAAAACGCGAUCAAAUCCUCGACUCACUGGGUAUUGGGCACACAAAAAAGACACUUGUCGGUAAUGAGUUUAUUCGUGGAGUCUCUGGUGGUGAGCGGAAGCGUGUUUCUCUGGCUGAACUUUUGGCGGGUCAGAGCCCCGUACAAAUGUGGGACAAUCCAACCCGUGGCCUAGACUCCAAGGCUGCUGUGGAAUUCUCUCGGAUGCUAAGACGUGAGGCCGACGAGAAUGACAAGACAAUCAUCGCGACAACUUACCAGGCAGGAAAUGGGAUUUUCGAUCAAUUCGACAAAGUUCUUGUCCUUGCGGAAGGUAGAGUAACCUACUACGGCCCACGAGGGCUAGCCAGAGCCUACUUUGAAGAUCUGGGUUUCGUUUUCCCCAAGGGAGCCAAUGUCGCCGAUUACUUGACCUCGGUCACUGUGUUGACCGAGCGCAUCGUUCGUCCCGGCUGGGAGGAGAAGGUACCAAAUACACCGGAAGAAUUUGAGUCUCGAUAUCACAACAGUCCUAUCUACCAGGCCCAGCUGGAUGCUAUUGAGCCCCCCGAGAAACUCACCUACGAGACAGACGAUCUCAAAGUCGCCGUAUCGAGCGAGAAGCGAAAGCAACACCUUCCUCGCGAAAAUAGUGUCUACACUUCAAGUCUAUGGGACCAGAUUGGCUCAUGCGCCGUUCGUCAGUUCCAGAUCAUGUGGGGAGACAAAUUCUCUUUGGUGGUCAGAGUCGGUUCAGCCAUCAUCCAAGCUCUUGUGUGCGGAUCUCUCUUCUACAACCUUGCCGAUGACAGUUCCUCGAUUUUCAUGCGACCGGGAGCCCUCUUCUUCCCAAUUCUUUACUUUUUGUUGGAGUCCAUGUCUGAAACCACGGGCUCGUUCAUGGGUCGUCCCAUUCUUUCUCGUCAAAAACGAUUUGGAUUUUAUCGACCCACUGCAUUCUGUAUCGCCAACGCAAUCACCGACAUCCCGGUGGUUAUGGUUCAGGUCACCUGCUUUUCUUUGAUUCUUUACUUCAUGGCCGCAUUGCAGAUGGAUGCUGGAAGGUUUUUCACUUAUUGGAUCAUUGUCAUUGUGAACACGCUCUGCUUCAUUCAGCUUUUCCGCUCGGUUGGUGCUCUUUGCAAGAAGUUUGGAAAGGCAUCCAUGAUUAGUGGACUUCUUUCUACGGUCUUUUUUGUCUAUGGAGGCUAUCUCGUCCCAUUCGAAAAAAUGCACGUUUGGUUUCGCUGGAUCUUUUAUCUUAACCCAGGAGCCUAUGCAUUUGAAGCACUGAUGGCCAAUGAAUUUGUUGGCCGUGAACUUCAGUGUAUCGAACCUGACUAUAUCCCCUAUGGCGAAAGUUACCCGAGUUCGGCAUCUCAAUACCGAGGCUGCUCUGUUCCUGGAAGUAGCAAUGGGGUCAUCAACGGGGCUGCUUAUAUUCGGGAUCAAUAUAGCUACUCAGAUAGCCAUAUCUGGCGCAGUUUCGGAGUAAUCGUCGGUUUCUGGAUAUUCUUCAUUGCCUUGACGUCACUUGGGUUUGAACUGCGCAAUAGCCAGAGUGGAUCUUCCGUGCUACUCUAUAAGCGUGGAAGUGAAAAAAGAGAACAAAAUGAUGUCAAAAAGCCAAUGGAUGCGAAUGCAUUAUCUAGCUCGCUCAAACAGUCGACCUUUACCUGGAACAAUCUUGACUAUCAUGUGCCAUUCCACGGUGAAAACAAACAGCUUUUGAACAAAGUAUUUGGUUUUGUUAAGCCUGGAAACUUGGUUGCUUUGAUGGGCGCCUCUGGUGCUGGAAAGACAACAUUACUGGAUGUUCUCGCUCAGCGAAAGGAUUCUGGUGAAAUUCAUGGAUCGAUUCUUAUUGAUGGUCGGCCUCAGGGUAUUAGCUUCCAACGCACGACCGGUUACUGUGAACAACAGGAUGUGCAUGAGAAGACGGCAACAGUUAAAGAGGCUCUGGUAUUUUCAGCUCUUCUUCGCCAGCCUGCCACAACCUCUCAUGAGGAAAAGAUGGCAUACGUGGAUCACAUCAUCAAUCUUUUGGAGCUUGAGGAAAUAAGCGAUGCUCUUAUUGGAAUUCCUGGAGCCGGCUUAAGCAUUGAACAGCGAAAGCGUGUGACUUUGGGUGUUGAGCUUGUAGCUAAGCCAACAUUGCUCUUUUUGGAUGAGCCUACCUCUGGUCUUGACGGUCAAAGUGCUUUCAACAUUGUGCGCUUCCUUCGGAGGCUUGUGGAAGGAGGACAGGCGGUCUUAUGUACAAUCCAUCAACCAUCCGCAGUUCUUUUCGAUGCAUUCGAUGGUCUCUUACUACUUGCAAAGGGCGGUAGAAUGACUUAUUUUGGUGAAACUGGAAAAGAUUCAAGCACGAUCUUAGACUACUUCACUCGGAACGGCGCACCCUGUCCACCAGAUGCCAAUCCGGCUGAGCACAUCAUCGAGGUUAUUCAAGGUGGCGCAACCCAAGAACAGGUUGACUGGGUUGAUGUCUGGAGUCAAUCUCCUGAACGAAAAUCGGCCCUGGAAGAAUUGGAAUCUCUCAAUGCGGCCGGUUUAGCCGAUCUCGACUAUGUGGAGGAUACCGCGGACUUUGCUACAUCUCACUGGUACCAAUUCAAAUUGGUGGCUAAGCGCCUUACCAUUCAGAUUUGGCGCUCACCGGAUUAUAUGUGGAACAAGAUGAUUCUUCACAUCUUCGCGGCACUGUUUAGUGGUUUCACUUUUUGGAAAGUUGACGACGGCACUUUCGCUAUGCAGCUUAGAUUGUUUGCUAUUUUCAACUUCAUUUUCGUUGCACCUGGUUGUAUCAAUCAAAUGCAACCCUUUUUCUUGCAAAAUCGGGAUAUAUUUGAAACCCGCGAAAAGAAGUCCAAGACGUAUCACUGGAUUGCUUUUAUUGGCGCUCAAGCAGUAACAGAGAUUCCGUAUCUUAUUAUCUGCGCCACUCUUUACUUUGUUUGCUUCUAUUUCACAGCAGGAUUCCCAAUUACCUCCAGCAUCUCGGGCCAAUUUUAUCUUCAGAUGAUCUUUUAUGAGUUCUUGUACACAUCAAUUGGCCAGGCUAUCGCAGCAUAUGCUCCAAAUGAGUACUUCGCCGCAGUGAUGAACCCGCUUCUUCUUGGAGCAGGUUUGGUCAGCUUUUGUGGAGUCGUUGUUCCAUAUGCCUCAAUGCAGCCAUUCUGGAGAUAUUGGCUAUACUACCUUGAUCCCUUUAAUUAUCUUGUUGGUGGGCUUCUAGGUGAGAUUCUCUGGGAUGUGAAAGUCCAAUGCAAACCCUCGGAGUACAUCACGUUCAGUGCUCCAUCUGCACAGACUUGUGGUGAAUAUAUGGCCAACUUCCUUUCUUCCGAGCCCGGUUACUUGCUGGACUCAAAUGCCACCGGCACAUGCUCCUUCUGUCAGUAUUCCACUGGUGCAGACUACGCAAAGACUUUCAACAUCAAUGAGAAGUAUUACGCGUGGAGAGAUACUGGUAUUACGGCAUUAUUCUGCAUCACAUCCUAUGCUUUGGUGUUCACAAUGAUGAAGCUUCGAAGCAAGAAAACCAAGAGUGCUCGGUCUGAAUAA